ACCUUUAUUUAAAAACCGCGAGUAUGUAGACUUUUAUUGUUUAGUUUGCGGGGAAUAUUGGCAUAAACACAGAAUCAUUCCUUUUCACGUCCGUGUGAUUUGAUCUCCAAGCGGAGAAUUGAUCAAGAUCCUCGUCAUUCCUGUGCCGUAGCUGAAGAAUGGCAUCAACGGUGGGUUUGGUGCCAAUAACCAGGACUUUCUUGGCUUCCUAUUACGACAAGCUCCCUUUCACCCCGCUCUCCGACGACGUUUCUCGCCUUUCCUCCGAGAUGCGCUCCUGCGCCUCCGAUUUUCUCAGCCAAUCGCCUCCGACUCCAGGGGAAACAUUGUUGGUACAAGAAGCUAACAGUGCUCCGCCACAUAAAAUUGACGAGAACAUGUGGAAGAAUCGGGAACAAAUGGAAGAAAUUCUGUAUUUACUUGAAAAUUUCAACUGGCCCACUAUGCUUCAACAGCAAUCCACUCCUGAAACCUGUGAAUUGGCUGCAAUGCUGGGGCAGGUUAAAGAUAAAUUCCAAAAGACUUUGAAGGCGUUAGAGGAUUUCCAGGCCAAAAAUUCUGAUCGUGUAUUCAAUACAGUGAUGACCUACCUGCCUCAAGAUUUUCGGGGAACCCUUAUCAGGCAACAAAGGGAGCGGUCAGAGAGGAAUAAGCAAGCAGAAGUUGAUGCUUUGAUUAAUUCUGGCCGAAGUAUCCGUGAACGAUAUGCUAUGUUGUGGAAACAACAAAUGGAUAGGAGGAGACAGUUAGCUCAGCUUGGUUCCGCAACAGGUGUCUAUAAAACCCUUGUGAAGUACUUGGUAGGAGUUCCACAGGUCUUGCUAGAUUUUGUUCGACAAAUAAAUGAUGAUGACGGGCCCAUGGACGAGCAGAGACAACGUUAUGGACCACCUUUGUACAGCCUUACAACAAUGAUCCUUUUCAUUCGUCUCUUUCUUGCACUAUCAUGGCGGAGGUUUGAGGCUAAUAAAUUGACUAACCAUCACAUUGCUAUCUUUGAGCUAGCCGUUGAUGUUUAUACGUCUGAAUUUGAAAGGUUCAUUAUCUUUUUAAGCGAGGUCUUUGUAAAUUCGCCAUUUUUUAUUUCAGCAGAGGUGGCCGGUGCAUUAGAUGAAAGGACAAAUGAUGACAGUAAGGAGAUCACUGUUCCAGCUGGGAAAACUCAUGAGGUUUCCUUGAUGGUGGAAUCAAUAAACUCUUAUAUCGCUUGGGAUUUCUCACUUGCACAAGGAAAGAUGAACAUGGAUAUCGGGUUUAGGAUAGAGUACACAAAUCCUUCUGGAGAGAAAAUGCUCAUACUACCUUACCGGCGAUACGAGUCUGACCAAGGGAAUUUCUGUACAAUCUUGUCUGGGAACUACAAACUCAUAUGGGACAAUUCUUAUUCUGCAUUUUUCAAGAAGAGCCUGCGCUACAAGGUAGACUGCAUACCUCCAGUUGCAGAGCCGCAGAAUUCCAUUACUGGAGUAGAGUGAUGAGAAUGGGACCAAGGAGCCUAUAUGUAUAUUACACAAUUUGACAGUUGAAGUUAGAUUGUUAUUCGGUCAAAACUGUUUGUACUAUUUAAUUCAUAUUCUUUGCCAUUGCAGCUUGGCCGACUGAUCAGGAUGAUGGCCAAGCAUAUUGUACCUGCAUAUUGUAUGUUUAUGGACUGUAAUCAGGACAAUUGAUCCUCGUCAUUCUGAAAGACGUGAGAACAUUAUUGUCCGUUCCAGGCGAUCGGAGAAUAAAGAAAUAGUUAAUAUAUUCAAGAUCAUUACGUAUUUAGGGUGAA